AUGGUGAGAUGGGACAGCUGUCUAGACACUGAUGAAGAGCAUGUGAAUUUUGCUAGAAGAGAUGAACUGAACAGAGCUCUUAGCAAGGACAGAGAGAAACCAGAUGGACCUGUGAACUUUGAGCUUGACGUUUGCCACCAGGAUCCAGAAUACAAGUCCCCAGCUCCCCUGCCACAUGCCCAGGUCAAACUGAUCACCAGCUGGGAAGCCGGAUGGAAUGUAACAAAUGCCAUUCAGGGAAUAUUUGUCCUAGGAUUGCCGUAUGCUCUUCUCCACAGUGGAUACAGUGGCCUGUUUCUUAUUAUCUUGGCUGCAGCACUAUGCUGUUACACAGGCAAGAUUCUAAUCGCUUGCCUGUAUGAAGAAAAUGAAGAUGGGCAACUGAUAAGAGUGAGAGACACAAAUGAAGAUAUUGCAAAUGCCUGCUGUAAAAGGCUACCUCCCAAACUAGGUGGCAUAGUUGUCAACGUAACCCAGGUGAUGGAACUAAUCAUGACAUGUAUUUUGUAUCUGGUUGUCAGUGCGAACUUGCUGUCAUAUAGUUUUCCACAUGUACCAGUGACUGAGAAAACUUGGUCUGUAAUUGCAUUUGUUACACUGCUGCCUUGUGUAUUUAUCAAAACUCUCAAAAUUGUUUCCAAACUCAGCCAGCUUUGCUCCCUGGUCCAUUUCAUUAUAAUACUUGUAGUAAUGACUUACUGUCUCACACAAAUACAUCAGUGGUCCUGGGCAAAAUUCAGACUCUCCAUUGAGUUUGAGGACUUCCUGGUCUCUGUAGGGCUGAUCAUUUUCAGUUACACUUCACAAAUAUUCCUUCCCACACUUGAAGGUAACAUGAAAAACCCAGGGGAAUUUAGUUGUAUGCUGAAUUGGACUCACCUUUUUGCUUGUGUCUUGAAAACAACCUUUGCACUGACAGCAUUCUUGACCUGGGGUGAAGAGACAAAGGAAAUUAUUACUGACAACCUGCCAUCAUUUCUUGAAACCCUAGUGAAUUUGUGUCUCUUAGCCAAGGCUCUUCUUUCUUACCCUUUGCCCUUUUUUGCAGCCACAGAAAUUGUGUAUGCUUGUAUUGCUAGAGAAAACCGUUCCAAAUACAGAUCUCUACUAUUUUCUCUGGGUGUAAGAGGCUUAUUUCUCCUGUUAACUCUGAUGAUGGCCGUGUUUGUACCGCAUUUUGCCAUGUUGAUGGGUUUAACAGGCAGUGUAACAGGUGCUGCUAUGACUUUUCUUCUUCCUUCCCUCUUCCAUUUAAAACUUAAAUGGAAAAAACUAUCCUUCUUAGAGAAAUGUGCAGAUAUCUCUGUUUUUACUUUGGGUUUCCUUUGUAGCCUUGCAGGCAUAGUUUGCUCAAUAAAAAGGCUGCUCAAAGUGUUUGGAGGAGUGUAAAAAGAUUUCCAGAAAUCCAAAUAAGGCCCAAAUCUUGUAAAUGCUUUUACACUUUUAGUCAGUAUAUAAGGUAUUUUGUCACUAGGAAAAAAUAAGUAUAUGCUUAAAUGUUUGCCGCAUCAGUGUUUUAACUGUAUAAGUAUGUGGCUCAAAGCAAAUUGGAAAAUAACCUUCAUAGCCAAAAAGUACAAAAUUGCCCCUAUCUAAAAUACUGAGAGGAAAAAAGGUUUUGAAGUGGUUUAUCAUGAAACUAAUUUUAAACUAAUCCUAUAUGGUUUUGUUCAUACAUGACAUGCCACCCUAAAAUGGUUUCUGCAAAUGGUCCCACCGAUUUAACCAGAAUUUCUCACAGGGUUAGAUACUGUUCAGUCACAAAGCUAUCAA